ACAUUGCUUGGCAACAUUCAACACUUAGAUGUUUCAGCCAACUUUUUCCAAGGUCCAAUACCUAUAUUUUUCCAAAACAUGACUUCCUUGAUAUUUCUUUAUUUUUCUGGCAAUCAAUUGAAUGGGAGUAUUCCAGAUAGCAUCGAGCAACUUUCUAAGUUAGAGAUAAUAGAUCUUUUUGACAAUCAAUUGAGUGGGAGUAUUCCAAAUAACAUCGGGCAACUUUCUAAGUUAAAGAGAAUUUAUCUUUCUGACAAUCAAUUGAGUGGGAGUAUUCCAGAUAGCAUCGGACAACUUUCUAAGUUAGAGAGAAUUGGUCUUUUUGACAAUCAAUUGAGUGGGAGUAUUCCAGAUAGCAUCGGACAACUUUCUAAAUUAGAGAGAAUUGGUCUUUUUGACAAUCAAUUGAGUGGGAGUAUUCCAGAUAGCAUUUGGCAACUUUCUAAGUUAGAGAGAAUUGAUUUUUCUAACAAUCAAUUGAGUGGGAGUAUUCCAGAUAGCAUCGGGCAACUUUCUAAGUUAGAGGAAAUAGAUCUUUCUAACAAUCAAUUGAGUGGGAGUAUUCCAGAUAGUAUCGGGCAACUUUCUGAGUUAUGGAGAAUAGAUCUUUCUGGCAAUCAAUUAAGCGGGAGGAUUCCAAAUAGCAUCGGACAACUUUCUAAGUUAGAGAUCAUAGUUCUUUCUAGCAAUCAAUUUGGAAUAGGAUUUCCUGAAUGGCUUGAAUUACAAAAGACAGCAAUCAUAGUUGAUCUCUCUAAUGCUAGCAUCUCAGGUCCUCUUCCAAAAAAUAUAAGUCUUAUGAUGCCAAUGUUGAAUGGAUUAUAUCUUGCAAAUAACCUCAUGAACGGUUCAAUUCCAAAGUCACUAUUCAAUUUAAAAUAUUUGCUAGACCUUGAUCUCUCAAAUAAUAUGUUAUCUGGAAAUAUUCCAAAGUCACUAUGCAAUUCAAAAUCUUUGGGACUUCUUGAUCUCUCAAAAAAUAUGUUAUCCGGAAAUAUUCCUAAUUGUUGGAGAAACAAUCAAUCAUUCAAUUAUAUUGAUCUAUCUUCUAACAAUCUCUCGGGUUUAUUUCCGAGCAAAAUGGCACGACUUUCUUCUUUAAUUAUACUGCAGUUGAACAACAACAGUCUCCAUGGGGGAUUACAUGUGGCCUUGAAAAACUUCCCUUUUUUAGUGAUUUUGGAUUUGGGUGAAAAUACAUUUUCUGGAAAUUUAACAAGCAUUGUAGGGAGCAAGAUCGGCAACUACUCUUUAAAGGUUCUUCGAUUACGAAAAAAUUUGAUUUCCAGUUAUAUUCCUUUGGAACUAUGCUCUCUCUCUCAUUUGCAAAUUCUAGAUCUUGCAGAUAACAAUCUAACAGGAAGAAUUCCUCCUUGUUUUGGAAAGUUUCUAACUAUGGUGAAUGCAACGCAAUUGAUCUAUGAGAGCGACAAUGUAAAUUGGGAACUUGCAACUUUGAUGGAAGUUGUUAAAGGGAAAUACCUUGAGUAUAAAAGCAAACCUCUAAGAUUUGAGACUAGUAUAGAUCUUUCGAGUAACAAUCUAAUAGGAUCUAUACCAGAGGAGCUAAUUUCCCUCAAGGAUUUGCAUAAUUUGAAUCUGUCUUGGAAUCAUCUCUCAGGACAAAUCCCUGAGAAAAUUGGACAAAUGGAGAAUUUGGAAUCUCUCGAUUUCUCUGAGAAUGGCUUCUCAGGAACAAUCCUGAGUAGCAUGUCAGGUUUAACCAAGUUAAGCCACCUCAACUUGUCCUACAACAACUUGUCAGGGCCAAUUCCAACAGGUUUUCAGCUCCAAACACUUGAAGAUCCAACCAUGUAUGUAGGCAAUCCUCAACUCUGUGGAGCUCCACUCGUGAAGAAAUGCUUAAGUGAUGCACUACCUCCGACAACCGCCGACUUCAAGGACAAUGAUGAAAGUGCACUUAAAAGAAUGUGGUUUUACAUUAUCGUGAUGUUAGGCUUUGCAAUUGGAUUUUGGGGAGUUGUGGGAACUUUGAUUUUCGUGAAAAGUUGGAGAUAUGCUUACUUUCAAUGGGUGGAUGACGUCGCACACUGGAUACUUGUGGUUAUAACAUUGAAGGUGGCAUGAUUCAAAAAGAUGUUCAAUGGCAACCCAAGAUGAUCAAUGAAUUAUAUAUAAAGUAUGUUGUUGUUGCUACAUUUAUUAUUAAGUUAGUUAGACAACCUCAUGUUGUAAGGUAUGGUGUCAGGUCCAACUUUAAAUGGUCCAAUAUUGAAUAAGCCAAUUUUAAAUGAACACAUAAGGAUUAAAGCUUGUAAAAUUUUCGAUAAUAUAACAUAGGCUAUAGUUCCAUACGUUUCACAAAAAUCAAAAUACAUAGAUUCUAACAAAAAAUAGAGAAUUCUAUGCAAGGCUUUUAGAUUGCAUGGAUUUCUAUCUUUCCAAUUUUGUUUAAAAAAAAAAAAAGAAGAAGCAAAAGAUGAGAGAAUGAGAUAGGAAGAAUGACUCAGUUAAGUAUACAAUAAUAGCCAAAAUAAAGUCCUUACAUAUUCAUGGUCAAAGUUUGGAACUUUCAAUGACACACAAUCAAAUCACUCAAUUGAGUAUCCAAUAUAAUGCUACUCUUAAUGUAAAAUUCCCAUGUCUUCAAUAUUUCCUAAAAGACAUUUUCACAUUGCAUAAGGCAUAUCAAUUAUAGGCUCAUAAAACAUUGUCAAGGCUAAAUAGUGAAGUCCGUUACCUUAGUUUAACCAUGAAUAAUGAACUGAUUCUUGCAACAAAAAAUGAAACACAAUUGAUCAU